GUGAUUAACCGACGCGCGAAAUAUUAAUCAGACAAGAGACGGUGUCAGCGAGUUUGCUGUUCAAAUUUGGGGCGGUUUUGUGACCUUUGGUGGUUUUCUGCUCACAAGUUCGCGAUCUUGGGGCCCCAGCCUGUCUUGGCAGUACUUCUCGGACCCAAGGACUGCGAUCUGAGGGAAGAUCUGAGAGAAUUUCGCGUAGAUUUACGGAUUUUCUCGCCAUCGCCCCCCUCCCCACGUUGGUGGCCGUCUGCGAGAAAUUUUGUAACAUCCCUUGACAUACUUCUGGUCAAUUUUUUGCUGAAGCUGCACUUCUUUCUUGGACACCUAAACCUUGUCGGAACCUUGCUGCACCAUAUGCCGUUGAAGCUGAGCUCGUGUUCGGGCGCGAUGGAUACGGAAGACCCCGUAGCGCAGACGUUGGAUUUCGGGGACGGCAUGGGGAGCGACGGGGAGCCCACAGAGGAUUCUUUCGGUUCUUCCGGACUAUCCAGCCCAAGUUUCACCGGGUUUAGGAGUAAGACUGACCUUGACACUUCUGACAAGGAUGCCUCGCUGGACUUCUGGGACCCCGACCUCGCCAGUCCGACCCCUAACCCCAGCCCAGUCAAACGUAGCGUACGGUUUGCGGUCUCGCCAGAAGCCAGUCCCAACACCAGCGGCAGUAGUGGGGACUGUUCCCCACCCCACAAGUCUAUGCAGGAGCUGAGAUUACUGGACACUCCCCGGACCCCUAAGACCCUGCUGCGCUCCCUCGGCAGUAGCAGUGUGAGGAGAGCUCGCCGGAUCACCCCCACCGGUCCCGGGAAACUGUUCGGCCUGAGCACCAGCGAACCACGACACAGGGUGGCGGAACGACCAGCCGCCAACGUGAACCCUUUCACACCCGACAACAACGUGGUGACCAGAGCUACGGGUAAACGUAGACGACAAGACAGUGGGAUGUUAUCUGAUGUUGACGAGGAAUCAGAUGAAGAAAAUCCAACCAAAAAAAUUGCCCUCCAUGACGCAAACGUAUCCAGAUACAACAUAGAGUUCCAUGAAGUAGAGCGAAUUGGUUCAGGGGAGUUCGGCUCUGUGUACAAGUGUAUCAACCGACUGGACGGAUGUCUGUACGCCAUCAAAAAGUCCAAAAAGCCAGUAGCUGGCUCCACAGACGAACAAAAUGCAAUAAAGGAAGUCUAUGCCCAUGCUGUGUUAGGGAAACAUCCACACGUGGUAAGGUACUACUCUGCUUGGGCAGAGGAUGACCAUAUGAUCAUACAGAACGAGUACUGCAAUGGUGGGAGUUUAGCAGACGACCAGACAGACAGUCAGAGGCGCGGCAGAACGUUUAGUGAGUGUGAACUGAAGGAGGUACUGGUACAAGUGGCACAGGGGCUCAAGUACAUCCACAGUCAGAACCUGGUGCAUAUGGACAUCAAACCUAGUAACAUCUUUGUGUGUAGAACAACAUCCAUCGUCGACACUUGUCAGGACGAAACCUGUCACAUCAACCAGAAGUUAGACCGGGGCAUGCACACGACCUUCAAAAUAGGUGACCUUGGACAUGUGACCUCUACGUCCCACCCCAAGGUCGAGGAGGGAGACUGUAGGUACCUGGCCAAUGAGGUUCUCCAAGAGGACUAUACCAACCUCACCAAGGCAGAUGUGUUCUCGCUGGCCCUGACCAUUCACACAAUAGGGAGUGCAGUACCCUUGCCCAAGAACGGUGAUGACUGGCACAGAAUACGACAGGGAUAUCUGCCACCCCUCCCACAGUGUUCAGAUGAGUUCAACCAGCUGCUCAGGUCCAUGGUGCACCCAGACCCCAAUUCCAGACCGUCAGCGGUAUCUAUCACCCAGCAUGCCCUGCUGUGUCCGACAGCAGGCAAGACAAAGGCACAACUACACCGCGAGCUGAACGAAGAAAAGCUAAAGAAUGAACAGCUGGCCAGGCAACUAGAAGAGGUGAAGCACGAACACGAGGACGCACACACGCUCGGCAACACCAGGUUCAGACCAAUCAGGAAGAAGACUCUCGUUGGGAAGAAGUUCUCACGUAGUCUCAGUGUUACCAUAUACUAGCUUAAGGAGAUUUAGAAACGUUAGAACAGUAGUUUUAUAUGAAGCUUGGGAACUGCCACGUUUGAGUAUUAUAU